UAUCACGGUGUGAAUCGAACAGUUGUAACAUUGAGAGCAGUUGUAAUUGGUCGACGUUUGCCCUGAGUGUAGGGCAGUUUCGACGAGACUCUGCGCCGGCAUGUGGUGGUUCUUCACGCUGAUCAUGAUCUCGUCGUACACGGCCAACCUGGCUGCCUUCCUCACCAACGAACGCAUGGAGGACACCAUCGAGAGUGUCGAGGACCUCGCCAAGCAGAACAAGAUCAAGUACGGUGUGCUCAACGGUGGAUCCACCGCUAGCUUCUUCAGGGACAGCAACGUGAGCAUGUACCAGAAGAUGUGGAGCACAAUGGAGUCAGCCCAGCCGUCGGUGUUCGUGAAGAGCAAUGACGAGGGUGUGGAGCGAGUGCAGAAGGGCAAGCGCACCUAUGCCUACUUCAUGGAGUCCACCUCCAUCGAGUACCAGAUGGAACGCAAGUGCGACCUCGCGCAAGUCGGCACCCUGCUCGACUCCAAGGGAUACGGAAUCGCCAUGCCUUUCAAUUCGCCAUAUCGAACAGCCAUAAGUGGGGCCGUGUUGAAGAUGCAGGAGUCAGGCAAAUUGCAAGAACUGAAAGAUAAAUGGUGGAAAGAGAUGCACGGUGGAGGAGCAUGCGAUGGACAAGAUGAAGCACCGCCGUCCAAUGAGCUGGGUCUCUCGAACGUGGGUGGAGUGUUCCUGGUGUUGAUCUGCGGCUGCGCAGUAGCUCUGUUCGUUGCAAUGCUCGAGUUCUUGUGGAAUGUCAGAAAGGUUGCCGUCCAGGAAAAGAUAUCACCAAAAGAAGCUUUCAUGCUGGAGCUGAAGUUUGCCAUGAAAUGUCAUGGAACAUCGAAGCCAGUGAGAAGACCAAGAGAGCCCAGCACUAAGGGGUCCUUCAUGCAGUUAGAUGUUUUCGAAAAGAAAGGCUCAAUGUGAUAACAGCCCUCAUAAAAUCAUUAGAACAGUGCUUGAGAAACAUCAAGAGACUUCAUACUGCCAAUAAUAUUUUCGCCACACUUCACAGAAAGCAGCUGUUUUCCAAUCCCUACGUAGAUCUGAAAGAACUUGUUUGCAGACGACUCUCGUCUGACAUAAGAAAAGGGUUUCUCGCCGGCCUAGGCCGGAAA